AAAGGCACAGACCCUGGUGGCGAUGAAGUCAUGGUAAAUCUGUUCCCCACUGUUGAAAAGGAACCUGCUGCACAUCAGCAUCACCAGAGCGAAGAGGAAGUUUGCACAGACAGCCUGCGCUGACACCACAACAUGACUUUCACUCGGGUGCUACAUAUUGCAGCUCUCUUACUCAUGCAAGGGGAUUUUCCAGAAGUUGACGGUGAAACUGUAACUCUAAAGGAAGGCGAGGACUUAAACCUCCACUGCAGUCUUGGCAGUGACGAUAGUUCUGCCCGGCAGUGGUUAAACCCUCACGGGUUUGCCAUUUUUCUGAACGACCAGCGGGGUUUAAGAGAUCAGAGGUACAAACUUAUCCAUUAUUCAAAGGAAGAAUUAUCUAUCCGACUGUCUAACAUAACAGUGCAUGAUGAAGGCAUAUAUAAAUGCUUCUACUAUGGCACCCUGCUCAAAACCAAGAACAGAACUGUUAAGGUGUUAGCUGCUCCUUCCAAACCAGUAGUGGAAGCAUCUCAAGAUACAGAAAAAAGCCUUACACUGUCUUGCUACACCAAAGGAAGCAAACCGCGGCCCCGGAUUACCUGGCUGUUGGACAAUGGGAUAGAGCUUCCUGGUGACACUAAGCACAAGUUAGAAGCCGAUGGGAAGAAAUGGACCACAACCAGCACGCUGACAGUACUUGCGUACAGGCCCAAUUCAACAUCCAGUUGCAUUGUUCACCAUGAAGGGCUAAGAGAAGAGAAACUGAUUGCAUCUUUCCAGUUUGAGAGCUUCACUAGGACUGCGAUAACUACAAAUCCUGCCCCAACUGCACUGGAUGUAGGUACAAGCAUCUCCGAGAAUGAGCACUCAACAGGGUCAGAAAUAACACCAGCUGCAGUAGGAGAUGAAGAAUUCUCCAGUACUUGGAGUUACAACAUCCCCAAUGGGACUGAGAUGGCAUUCAAUGGAACAGUCACAGAAGAACUUUACAGGACAGAAGCCUCACCACCAAGUGAAAAUUUAACUGGGAUUUCCACCAUCACCUCCAAGCAAGAUAUAAAAUCUGAAGGCAUGAAAAAGAAGGAGAACAAUCUUCUGCUGCCAGUCUUGGUGGCUGCUCUCAUUUUUGUGCUGCUCAUCAUAGUCUUGUUUUUUAUGAGGAAGCUGAAAAAAGCUCACGGAUUGUGGAAGAGAGAGAAUGAUACAUCAGAGCAGACACUGGAGAGUUAUAAAUCCAGGUCUAAUGAAGACAAUCCAGGCCAUGAGAAGAAUGGACAAGUUGUCAAUCAGAAGUCCAAUCUGCAAUACGUAACAGAAGGAUAUGUGGAAACAACACAGAAGAAUCCAAGAGACAAAAACUUUGCAAUACCUGAGAAACUGUUUGCAUGUGGAAAGGAAACUGAUAUAUAGCACUGUGCCCUCUCUGGCAAAUCUACGCUAUGUACAGAGCCACUAUUUUUUUCAAAUAUCAAUAUUACAAUGUUCUGAUGUCAAUACGAUUUCUGGAAACAGAAGUGCAAAUGACUAGCCUCAAUCCAAAUUGGACCACUUUCUUUUAAACAGUAGGAUAGGUAAAUGGGACAGGUGCUCCUACAAGCCUAUUAGCAAUGAAUGCUCUGAUGUAGCUGUAAUCGUCAGAGGAUUUGGUUAGCGGCUGCCAAAAACAGAGCUCAUAUAUCCCACCACAAGUCUUAGCAGCAAUUAGGGUCCUGGCAACGGAAUACACAACAAGCCCUGAAGUCCGCAAGAUAUGAUGAUAUUCAUGUAAUGCUUCUGCUACCUCUCUUGCAAGCACAGGACUAAACAGGAAACCCUGGCAGACGCAAAUCAAUUGUCUUCAACUAUCUCAGUCCGAUGACCAAAACUGGAUAUCCAGCUAUAUUUAACCAAGCAGAAAAACAUCCUGAUGUCAAAGAGGCUAAAAAAUGAUUGUUCCUCUUGCUCCUGCCUCAGUGAUUCACCUGCCUCAGUUGUUCACCUGUAAAACAGUAACAUCACUCCCUGCUGUGCAAGACUGAAUCAGCACUUGUAGUCAAAGCAUUUUGGUACUACACAUCUGUACAGACCUUCAUGUUGCAUAAGCUUCUAGAGAUAUUACUGAGAAUGAAGUCUCAACACAAGGAGGCUGGCAAAGGUGAAGAGGAAACACAGUAUUAUACAGUACAUGGACUCCCAAAAUCCAAGGACCGACUCACUUGGAGUGAGGUUUUUUUUUGGUGGGGUGGGGUUGUUUGUUGGUUGGUUUGUUUUAGGAACCACAUUUUGUGGUUCUGCAAAAUAGAAUUGAACUCCUAAAAUGAAGGAGUUGUUGUACAAAAGAAAGCUGUAUAUAUUUUUCUUGUAAGAGAUGAUUAUUUCUCAUCACAAGGAAGAAAAAUACUGAAAACUGUCCUGAAUUACAAUGCAUGCCUUCUAGAGACAACUAGAAAUAAUUUCACUUUUACGUAGAAGCGAUUACAUUCUGACACAAGGGUAACAUCAAUAUAACACUGCCAGCCCACAGCUAUUUUUCAUAUUGCUUUAACAAGAAAACUUGUAUUAUUUAAUACCUACGCAAGCCACAAAGAAACAUAAAGCAUCCUAACUUUUUCUACGUUCAGCUUGUAAGGUUUGUUUAGUGAUCACAGGUAUUUAUGGACAAACAUAUUUUGUACUAUUAAAUGUUUUAUAUGAAAAUGCAAACUGAUGUGCCAGUUCCUCUGACACAUAAUAUUUCUGUAACUUAAAAGUUAUAGAAACACAGUCUGAAAUAAAGAGUGUGAGAUAGGGCUUGUCAGCAGCAAGGUCUUUGAACAAGCAAAUAGUUAAAAAGCAACUGCAAGUAUUCAUGGUGCAUUUACACAUGUUAAAUGUACAAAUAAAAUAUAUUCAUUUAUGCUUCUAUGUAUGCAUUACUUAUAUAUUAAAAAAAAAAAGUAUGUAAUC